AUGCUUCACCACGUAUCUUUUGUGACUCGCCGUCGACUUUGCCGCGGGUUCCACGUGAAACUCAGUGAGACGGUCCAAGCGGCCAUUGCGCAAAAGCUUCCAAUUGUUGCCUUGGAAAGCACUAUUAUCACCCAUGGUCUGCCGUACCCCGAUAAUCUCCGUUUGGCUCGAGAGGUCGAGAGCGUGAUUGUGGCGGAGGGGUGUGUGCCGGCCACUACAGCGUUUAUUGACGGUAAGCCGCUCGUUGGUCUUGAUGCAGAGCAUUUGGAGCUUAUGGCCACGGCUAAAAACCUUGUCAAGGUUUCUCGGCGUGACAUCCCUCAUGUUAUGGCUAGCAAGCUUAGUGGUGGAACGACCAUUGCUGGAACAAUGAUUCUCGCCCACCGUGCAGGCAUAAAGAUAUUUGCGACUGGUGGUUUGGGCGGCGUCCAUCGUGGAGUGGCUAAUACUUGGGAUAUUUCCGCCGAUUUGGAGGAGCUCGGGCAGACCCCUGUGGCAGUUGUGUGUGCAGGUCCCAAGAGCAUUCUGGAUGUGCCUAAAACUAUAGAGUUUUUGGAAACAAAGGGUGUUCCUGUCUCUACUUUAGGUCCACCUGGCACUAAUGUACCUGGAUUUUUUACCCGUGAUUCUGGGGUCAAGUCUCCUUUCACAUUUUCGACCCCUAAAGAAGCGGCUGAAAUUGUACGCAACGGUACCGAGUUUGGGCUCGAAAACGGCUAUGUCUUUUGCGUACCUUGCCCAGAGCAUCUAGCCAUGGACCCAGUUAUCAUAAACAGUGCAAUCAAUAUGGCCCUGGUAGAGGCUGAUAAGGCCGGAAUCACCGGUAAAGAAGCGACCCCGUUCCUCUUGAAGAAGGUUUGGGAGGCUACAAAGGGCGACACAGUUACUACCAACAUUGAGUUUGUUAAAAACAAUGCUCGCGUGGCCGCUCAAAUGGCACGCGAACUUGCUCUGAGUGAAGGAAGCGUUUCAGUGAUGAUGCCGUUAAAAGUCCCUUCUGUACAGAAACCUCCACCCCAAAAACUAGACUCCAGCCGGAAAAGAGAAACUCCUGAUGUUUGUGUCGUUGGAUCGUUGGCCCAAGAUCUUACUUGCACCCUAAAGACCACAAAUAUCUCUCCUUCGUCAUUUCCUGGCCAAGUCACGACUACGCUAGGUGGUGUUGGCCACAACGUAGCGUUGGCAUCGGCAUAUUCUGGGGCAAAAACACGUUUGAUUUCUGUUGUGGGCGAAAAAGAAGAACCUGCAGUCAAGAAGUCGCUGAGUCCUGCUAUUGAUGCGGCUGGCAUCCAGAUCAUUUCCGGGCGCACUGCUCGCUAUAUUGCUAUGAACGACGCCGAAGGCGAGCUAAUUGUGGCCUGUGCAGAUAUGGAAUCUGUUGAAAAAAUGGACCCCAAACACAUCGAGCAGGAGUUGCGGUUUGCUGAUGCCAAGGUUGUGGUUUUUGACGGUAACCUUGGCGUUGAGCAGACCCAGAGCGUUUUGGCCGCACAGGGGUUCAAAAUUUUUGAGCCCACCAGCGUACCGAAAUCCGCACGAAUUGCCGACCACAAUUUAAAGGUGUUUCCUAACCCGUCAAUCAAUAUGGCUACACCCAACACUAUGGAACUAAUGAGUAUGUUUGAGGAGUUCUCGUUCAAGGAUAGGUUUGAUCUUGACCAUUGGUUCCCGAUCAUUGAUGCUAUUCCCAUGUCUGACCCGGUGACUCAAUUCAAAAUUGACCGUUUCUUGAACACGAAUCCUCAUCUUGAAUCAAUAGUGGAGAGUGGGCUGCUUCAGGCCGCUGUUCAUAUUCUGCCUUAUAUUCCGAAUCUGUUUGUCAAACUCGGGAAAGACGGGGUGCUCACAUUUCAACUGAUUGAGUAUCUCAAGGAUCGCACUGGCGAUACUGCCGAUGGCCGAGGGCUCUAUAUUCUGUCCAAGAAAAAGCCGUUCGGCCUUCUCAUGCAGUACUACCCUGUGCCUGAGGUAGUGCCUGCAUCGUCGGUCCAAAGCGUGAAUGGCAUUGGCGAUACUUUCUGCGGAGUUCUUGCCGCUCAGUUGUCCCAGACACAAAUGUGGCUUCGCGACGAUGGCCCCAGCAAGGCCAAUGCCAUCACCAAAGCCCAGCGUGCGGCAGCACUUUCUCUGCAGACAUUUGCUCCGGUGAGCACGGAAGUGUCUCAACUGUGA